AUGACCGCCACCACUCCCCUCCCAAAGCCACUCUUACCCCUUCUCCUCCUCCUCCUCCUCACCACAACUGCCAACGCCCAAGUAAUGUACCUCGGCUGCGGCACCUUCACAAACUUCAACGACUUCCUCGAGCCCCGCGCCAUCUUCCGCGGCGCCUCCGGCCCCCAGGCCUGCGCGAACGCGUGCACCUCGCACGUCGUCGCCGAGUCGCGCUUCUACAUCAUCGGCGACGGCGCCUGCUACUGCACGGGCUACCUCGUGACGCCCGUCUUCUCGACGAACCCGUACCCGAGCAACGCGCUCUGCACCGUCCGGUGCGCCGACGGGUCCGGGUCGACGUGCGGCGGCACGUUCGACGGGAGCCCGGUCUACUCGCUCUACGGGCUGGAUCGCGUGAACGUGCCGACGCGCGCGGGGUUCGUCGACGUUGGGGUCGUCCUCGGUGUCGUCCUCCGCAGUCUCCUCGGCGACUUCUCCGAUCUCAAGUUUCUCGGCAUCAGGUUCUUCGACGUCCCAGCCAAGCAGCGCCUCCGGUUCCAGCAGCAAUAG